CAGCUGCUCAAGAUUGCUCGUUGGUGUGGGAGAAGAUCCAUAAUGUUGUUGGGUAUUGAUGAAAGUUCGUUGGUGUGGGAGAAGAUCCAUAAUGUUGUUGGGUAUUGAUGAAAGUAAGUAAAUAUACAUGUAGGAUUGUUCUGUUCUUAUGCGUCGUCCUAUAAACAUGAUUUAAAUUUGAUAACUAAGAACACACUUGCACAUAUUUGUAUUGAUGCUAAACUUUUAUAGUCAAAUGAGAGAUCUAACAAACUUCCAUCUUCAAAUUCGGUGAACUCCAACAUCUCAAAUGCUAAAAAAAAACAUAAUUAACCAAGCUAUGAGAAUGCAUAAAAGUCAGAAUUUAUAUUACUGUGCGAAUACUGUUUCCAUUUCAAACAUACGCUAAGUGUGAGCUUGUCAUACAAAUCAAAUGUAACAACCAAGAAAUAAACCCUCGAUUGUUGCAUGUGUAUACCUUAUAGUGAAAAGUGUUUUCGGUUAACUUUGAUUCACAUUCCAACUCAUCCAUUUUCUAAAUUAUAAAAAUCUAUUUCUUUUAUAAAAAAAAUUGUCCAAUUCAUCGGUCUCAUGCCAUCCCGUUUGCCGGGACUGACAUCCUGACCCCACCAAUCAGAGCAUUUCCCGCGCAAUACACACCCACCAAAACAAAAAGGGCGCGGGAAAUCGAAACAGCGCAAAGGGAAGGGUAGAGAGAGGAAAUCCCACAGCUCCGAAUCUCCGAUCCAUGGAUGCGGCGAUGGAGGACGCGGCGGCCCAAUCCGAGAGGGAAUGGGACGGCGGCGGCGGCGGCGGCGGCGCCGACGCGGUGCUGGGCCUCGCCGGCGCCGGCGCCUCGUUGUCGCUGUGCUACCACGAGGCGUUUGGUCCUCACGAUGAGCUCAUCCUCCUCGAGGCCGCCGACGACCUCCUCCCCGAUCUCCUACAAGGCCGGGUGACUGUGAGGGGACGCCCUGAAGAAGAAGCUGUUCUCUGCACACCCUCUGCAACAUAUGCCAUGAAGUUUGUGGGCAACUCCAAUUCUGUAUUUCUGAUACCUCCUGGUGAAUCAGCUGCUCCAACCUUAAGACCCAAUGGCGCCGAUGGUGAUGAUAAUGUUGCCAGUGCCACUGAUGCUGUAGCUUCUAUCAUCAAAGUGGCAUCAGGUAACAUUGAAUUGGUCCGGACAGCUCCACGGCUUGAUAAACUUCGGAAACUUCUCAAUGAGAGACCCUAUGUGCUUGAUGAAGAUCUUGGCAGUGAUUUGCAACAAAAGGGGCUCUACACAUGGCAGGACCUUUGUGAACUUGUUCAGGCCAGUGACGGUGAGCUGACAGAACAACUGAGUUCCAUAUCAGCUGUUGAGAUUGAUGGGUUCUGGAGGAUGGUCGAUGACAGUUCUGCGAACACGAUUCUGGACAUGAUCCUUCACAAUUCCGUUUUGCAUGACUGGUCACUAAAUUCAAUGCCUGAAAAUGAUGUGCUAGAUGUCAUGGAAUCUGAUGGUUUUAUGCGCAAGAUUGUAACCCAUUGCCUCAACAGAUUUGGAACAAAGGUUGACAAGGAAGCAAGAGGUUGCUGGAGCCUUGAUGAGAGGAGGGUGUGCUUGCAGUUUGCUCGGAGAGCGCUUGGUGCAGGGAAGAUGAAGCUUGAGAACUUCAUGGGUAAAUGGGAGAGAAGCAUUCCUUCAGGAAUGCGCGCUGAUCUUCAGAUGCUUGAAGGGGAAGUGCUGUGUGAAAAGCUUGGCGCGGAGACCUGGGUGCAUGCUUUCAGUGUUGCUGAUCUGCCAUUGGCACCAGCUGAUAGGUUUGCUGCACUAUUCCAAGAGCGGCCAAAGUGGGAAUGGAAAGACCUGCAGCCUUACAUCAGGGAUCUGCGUGUACCUGGUGUCUCUUCUGAAGGACUGCUUAUCAAGUACACCAGAAAAACGCAACCAAGCGCAGAUGCAGAGCCUAUUUUUACUGCAAGAUAAUCAAUCCUGCGUGCUAAAAGCCAUGUUUCGAUGCUGGGCCCUUCCUGGUGGUGAUGCUACUGAAUAUCUGAAACAUGGUUUUGAUCUGAAUAUUGUUUUUUUUUUGUGGGGAUUGAUCUGAAUAUUGUUGACACCCCAAGAUUUGCUGUGGUUUAGUUUUAAGGCAUGCUCGGUGGCACUACAUAUCUUGUUACAUACAGAUUGUCAUACUGAUCGUCUUGCAGACAAAUAUCUUACCUGAAUCUAUUUCUUAGUUUUGAUUGGAGAUGCUGUAUCUGAUCAUGCACGUCAGUCAUUUGUUCAGUUUGACA